AUGCAGAGGUCGCGUAAAGCUUUUCUACAAAGGAGAGCAAUUUGGGGCAGGAAUCGGCUGUAUAAGGUCUCUGCUUCCGUUGUUGUUGUACUAUGGGGCCUUGUCUUUCUCUUAAAUACUUGGAUCGGCCAUGGAGAUGGUGAAAAUGACAAACGAGAAGAUUAUUCUGUUAAUUCAACGAGAUGGGACGAAGACGAAAUCAUAUUUGCAAAUGGAGCAAAUUAUGCAUUACCUGUGGAUGAGCACCCACCACAGGCAAUUGCCUCUGAAGAUUCUUCUGCACAGACAUCCUUACCUUGUAAUAGAGCAGCUCUUAGUACGGGCAAAGUGGACAAUCUGGAGAAAGUAAUCACAGAAUCUGCAGCCGACGAAGCUUCCAUUAAGAAAAAUUUGCUGGCUAAUACGGUAAAGGAGAAUCCCAAGAUUGACAGGUUAUCCGGUGGAGUGCCUCCUGGACUAGAUGAGUUCAAGAAUAAAGCAAUCAACUCUAAACGUAAAUAUCUAACAGGCCAGGCUGGAGGCAUUAUACACAGAGUCGAGCCCGGUGGGACGGAAUACAAUUAUGCAUCUGCUUCUAAAGGAGCAAAAGUUGUGUCCUACAACAAGGAAGCAAAGGGUGCCUCCAAUAUCUUGAACGGCGACAAAGACAAGUACCUUCGAAACCCUUGCUCGACCGAACAAAAGUUUGUCGUGAUAGAGCUUUCUGAAGAAACUAUGGUAGACACGAUUGAAAUUUCAAAUUUCGAGCAUCAUUCGUCUAAUUUGAAAGAUUUUGAGUUAUUAGGCAGCCCUAUUUAUCCUACCGACUCAUGGGCCAAACUCGGGAAUUUUACUGCUGCGAACGUGAAGCAUGCUCAGAGGUUUGUUAUUCCAGACCCGAAAUGGGUGAGGUAUCUCAAAUUGAACCUGCUCAGUCAUCAUGGCUCGGAGUUUUACUGUACGCUGAGUGUGUUGGAAGUGUACGGUGUUGAUGCUGUUGAGAAAAUGCUAGAGGACUUGGUUUUAGAUGGAAAAAAUCCUGGUUUAAGCCCCCCCUCGACAACAGAAGUUCCGAUUUUGCAGAUCUUGAUGGUGGACGAUGCCCAGGUGACGAACAGAGGAGCGGUGAUCAGCAGCGCGGACUGA